CUUUACUUAUACAUUUCCUGCUAUCAUGAUCCGACCCUUUCAUUCAAGAAUCUUUCACCUUGUUGAAUAUGAUCAAAUUGAAUGGCGUAAAAGGAGAAAUAAUCCAUUUGUUUUUGAGGUCUUGGAUCCCAAUAGUAAUAGCAGCAUAAAACUUGAUCCUAAAUUUGAGAUUCCUCUUCCUAAUUCUAAAUCAAUCCAGGGUACAAGAGUUUAUGUUGACGUGCUUUCUUGUAAUGGUCUUUUUUACUUGAGUGGUGCAAAGUAUAGAAACAUUUCACUUGUUUGUAACCCAAUAACAGGUGAGUUCAUAAAACUUCCAAAAAACCCUUCAAUCCUAAAACUUUGCAAGAAAAUAUGUUGGGGUUUUGGUUUUCACCCAAAAACAAACCAAUACAAGGUAAUGAGAAUACAUAUUUUUGAACAUGAUCAUAGUAUGGUUGUUGAAAUGCACACAGUUGGAACAUCGACAUGGAUAAAUAUUGAGGUAGAUUAUCCCAAAUAUUUGAUAAAUUUGUAUAAUUAUUGUACUUAUUUAAAUGGGGCACUUCACUGGACUGGCAAAGAUGUUGAUGAAAAUGUCUCAAUAUGGGCUUUCAAUUUUGACACGGAGAGGUUCCAAUCCUUCUCUAUAGCGCCCAGAGAUCGAGAUACAAAACUCACCUUAUUUGAAUUCAGGGGUUCUCUUAUAUUUUAAUGAGCUGUUUAUCACAAUGUGGAGGAUGGAAAGAUAUGGUGUUGGAGAAUCUUGGACUUCCAUUUUUCAGUAUUCUGCAAGCUUCGACCGUAAUAUUAAUUCUUCCAUAAUUACAUCCCAAUUACAUGGUUAUAUUGUCUACCAUGAUCCUGAAAAUCAAGAGUUUAGGAUUUUGUUCACUCCUUGGUAUGAUGACCAUUUUCAAAUAGUUCACCAUGUUCCUUCUCUCAUUCCAUUGAAGGAUAUUAUCAUCGGAGAUAAUGUUUGGGUGCAGAAUAUUUACUCAUAAUUCAA